GAGGCACUGGGGAGCAUGGGGUGUUUGGAAUAAUUAUUAAAAUCCGCGUGUGUCUGCGCCAUCCUGUGGGUGUGGCGCAGAGCAGAGUGUAAACUCUAGCGGGGCUGGAGCAAACAUCGGAUUAGAAGCAGCAGCCAGCCAGCCAGCCUGCCCGAGGAGUGCGGGGACCCGCAGCACGCCACCGGCACCAUGGCCUCGUCUCAGGGGAAGAACGAGCUGAAAUUCGCCGACUGGAUGGCAACUCUGCCGGAGAGCAUCCACAGCAUCCCCCUCACCAAUUUAGCCAUCCCAGGAUCUCACGAUUCCUUCAGUUUCUACAUUGACGAAGCUUCUCCAGUUGGCCCUGAACAGCCAGAAACUGUCCAGAAUUUUGUCUCUGUUUUUGGAACUGUGGCCAAAAAGCUGAUGCGGAAAUGGUUAGCCACUCAGACGAUGAACUUCACGGGUCAGCUAGGGGCUGGGAUCCGUUAUUUCGAUCUUCGAAUUUCCACCAAGCCCAGAGACCCCGACAAUGAACUCUACUUUGCUCAUGGCUUGUUUAGCGCCAAAGUCAAUGAGGGCCUUGAGGAAAUCAAUGCGUUCCUCACAGAUCACCAUAAGGAGGUAGUGUUCUUGGACUUCAACCAUUUUUAUGGGAUGCAGAAAUAUCACCAUGAAAAAUUGGUCCAGAUGCUGAAAGACAUUUAUGGCAAUAAAAUGUGCCCGGCGAUUUUCGCACAGGAAGUCAGUCUCAAGUACCUGUGGGAGAAGGACUACCAAGUGCUGGUCUUCUACCACAGCCCCGUGGCUCUGGAGGUGCCCUUCCUCUGGCCUGGGCAGAUGAUGCCCGCCCCCUGGGCCAACACCACAGACCCGGAAAAACUGAUUCAGUUCCUGCAGGCGUCCAUCACGGAGAGAAGAAAGAAGGGCUCGUUUUUUAUAUCUCAGGUGGUGCUGACCCCCAAAGCUAGCACUGUGGUGAAAGGGGUGGCCAGUGGCCUCAGAGAAACAAUCACAGAAAGAGCUCUUCCUGCCAUGAUGCAGUGGGUCCGCACACAGAAGCCAGGAGAGAGCGGCAUCAAUAUCGUCACUGCCGAUUUUGUAGAACUUGGUGAUUUCAUCAGCACUGUCAUAAAGCUCAACUACGUCUUUGAUGAAGGGGAAGCCAACACUUGAUAGUACCACUCUGAGCAUUCAUGAAUAAGAUAGAGAAGACAUGUUGUUAGGCAUACUAUCUAUAAACAAGCUAACCUUCCUAUUCCACUGAGUCUUGGAGGGAAUUAGGGCUGGUAGUGGGUGGGAAGAGGGGAAAUCCAUUUCUCGAGUGAUUAUCAUCAUAGUCUGCAUUAGUAUAAAUAUUUCAUUUCCCAUUUGAUGAGCAAAAUCUACUUCUAGUGCUAGAGGUUUUAAAAAAGAACAGUGAUUUUGUUUUUCAGAAUUAGUCUUUGUGAAGUGUAACUCAUGAGUGUUUACUUGAUUGUGUUUCUGAUUUAAACCUAGAUCUCCUACGCACUCUGUAUCCUCUGACUGAACCUUUCUGCUCGCGCCCUCUCUUGCUCGCUCUUUUUAUCAGAUGCUGUAUGGGACUCAAAAACAAUUGGAUGUCCCAACAGAAUGUGUAUUACAUUGUUGCACUAAAAUUUAUUCAUUGUGUGGGACUUGGUAUAAUAUUCUGUAGUCAUCUACAAUUGGGCAAUCAUUGCUCACCUUUGGUCAUAGAAAAUAUGUGAGUCAUUUCCCCUGCAUCAGUAAUAUUGAAGGCUGUAAUCAGUGAUUUUUGUGUUAUAUGAAAAUAAUAGUGUUUCACAGUAUUUCUAUUUAAGGCAGCUAUAAAUAUAGAGUAAACAAUUCCGUGAAAGAACUAUUUGUGCCAACUCUAUAGUGGAAAAUGGAGGGAGGGGGAUGGGAUGGUUGCUAUUUUCAUUCAAGAAUCUCUUAAUAAUAUUGUCCUGCAAAUGUUCAGUAAAUGAAAAAUUAUGAAUGAAGAGUGUGCUAAAAUCUGAAAACUUUGCAAAGAACUCUUACAAAAGCUCUUCUAACAAUUCACUUGAUUUUUUUUAAAAAGGGGAAGAAGAGAAAGAAGAAAUGAAAGAUUAUGCAGCUUUCUUAUCUAAUUGGGAUUUCCAAAUAUAUAAAUCUAAAUUUCAGAUUUUGAGGAGCAUAUUUCAAGAAGCUUUCAUUUGAGGGCUUUUUUUUUUUAACAUUGAAGAAAAAGGAAGGGUGACAGAAGGAGUCAGAGCCACACUUUCCAAACUAUGUCCAUGAAAUGUCAAGGAUCCAUGAACCAUCUUUGGCAGAUUCUUAAAUACGUGUGAUCUGAGCAGACUUACUGAAAACUGUCCCUGACUCAGCCCUUCUGGGUUCCACCUUCUCCUGGGGUUGAGAAGGAGGUAGAGGCAAGAGUUCCUGUGGUCCAACAUUUGACAGCCCAGAUCUACAAGGAAGAAAAAUGAUAACACAACUAUGAGUAUUGUUUCCUCCUUGCUCUCUCUGUGGUAUUUGACAACUCUAAAAUAAUCUUAAAAGAGCACAAUAACCUUUGCCUAUAUGCCUCACAGGAAUAUUGUGAGGCAUUUAUAAAAAUCUAUAAAAUUUGCUGAAAUUCUUACAAUUAUGAAUUAUUUUAUCUUUAUGUUUAGAAAUAAUUAACACCUCAGUAGUUUCCUGGGAAAACACAAUCAUGUAAAGUAGGGCCAUGGAGAAAUAAAAACAUGCUCUCAGCUUUUAAUUAAUCUAGAUGUCAGCCAUAUGGUUAAAUCUCUUAGACCCAAGCAAGGGAGUUGAUUCCAAGAUUAUAUAGGUCAAGAUUGUACAUAAUUGGGUUGAUAAGAUUAUAAAUGCUCAUUAUCAGAAAAUAGUAUUUAUCAGCAACUACAAGGAAGAAAAACUGUUUCUCCUGAAUAGAUUGUUCAUGAAAAGUGUAUAAGUAUGUGUGGGAGACCAAGUAGCAUGCAUAUACAUGCCACGGGUACGGCCAACAUUCCAGUAGUGUGUAUGUUUUCACCCCCCGCAAUAUGUCAUUAUAUAACCCCUCCUGGGCAGGCAGAGAGAUACAAACACACACAGACACACACAGACAUAGAUGGAUACAAUCAAAUUCUUCUUUUCAAGUGAAAACAUUGAUAAUAUUAAAUAAUUUAAUUUUAAGACUGAAACCCUUAACAAUGUACAAAAAAAGAGUGAAAAGAUCUUUGAAAGUAGAUUCACUGAUCAUAUUCAAAUACUUUCUUGAAGAUAGUCUAGCUUGGGACUUAAUUAUUUGCAAAUAUAAUUUUCUUCCUGCUUUGCAGUUUUAUUGUCUUCUAUCCCUUUCACUUGCUCUGUAUAUGCAACUGAAUAUGAAUCCUUUUUUAAAGUACUGUGGAUUAUUGAAAUGGAUGUCCUGUAAAUUCGCUUUUGGGGCAGAUUUUCUCUCUGACUAUUCAUUAUCCCUCAGGAGGAUCUUUAGCCAAGCACACUUGAAAUGACACAAGGAUUUAACUUAUAUAUACAACAAGAAACAGGCAUUUCAACAUAUUCAUGGAAAAUGAAUAAAAUAUAGAGGUAACUAUGUUGUAUUUUCUUGAACUUAGAUGCUUUCUUAUAAAGUUUGCUUAGAGGUAGCAUUGUAUUUGUCAUUUCGGUGCUGGAAAAAAAAAACAAACAUGCUGAAGGAUUGACUAAUUGUGCAAUUUCUUAACUUGAGGAAGUUUUCUAUCGCUACAGACGAUAUGCACACAGAAACUUGCUUGACAAAAGGUACUUUCAAGCCAAUGUUAUUGUUUCCAGGUGGACACACAGUACCUAUGGAGCAGGCACUGAGAGGAAAGGGACUUGCCUUAAUUUCUAAAGGAGGAAGCAUGUGGAAGUGAACCAUAGGUCUUCCAGCUGGGAAGAGAGUUCACUGGCAGGGAUUUCUUUGAAAGGAGAACAGAGAGAAGGUGCCUUUGGCUGUCCUCUGCUUAUUGGCCCUACACUGGAGCACACUUAGGGGGCUGGCUGUGGGCCUUAGAUAAAGAGGUGUAGGGGAGGGCUAGUGAUACGCAAUCAGAGCCUACCCUCAGCCUAUGCUUCUUUGUCUUAGCUGGGCAUUGUCCUUCUAGACAAGCUAGGAGUCAAGGGCUACAAAUAGGCCCUGAGAUGGUAGGAGGCACAUCUUGCUGCACUUUUUGUAUUGCUUGUUUCUUAAGACUACGUGUCACAAAUUCUGCAAGGCAAAAAACAAAAACAAAAAACCAGAAACAAAAUCCAGCUUUUAAACAAUCUACAGCAGGAAGUCAAAGGACUGGAUGGGAUGAGGAAAAAUAGACAAAGGGUAUCAUUUUUGGUUUGCUUUCCUGUCUGUAAUUUUGAAGGACCAAAACUGAAUGCCCCUGCCAUUAUCAUUCAUGUCUCCCCUAUUACUACACAGUCAUAUGAAUGCAGAGAUAAGAAGGCAUCUUUUAAAAGCCUUAGGAUAUUCUGUAUGAUGACCUCAAUACUCACUUUCAGCCAUAUUGGAAAAAUCAGUUUUCGUGGAGUGCCACCUAACAGUGAAUGUAGCACAGCACAAAGUGUUUGGCAUGUAUACACCUACGUGCCUACACACAUGCAAAUAAAUACACACACAUUACUCAAGUUGAAACUGGCAUCCCACAACCGAAUUCUGUUGCCAUUUUAACUCCUAAAAAUCAGUAUCUCCAAUCUGAGUAGGCAUAAACAUGAUUCAAAUAUUUAAUUAUUUAAGAAGAGAAAAUCACUAGGAAACCAAUUAAAAAAUGAGACCAUGAUAAGUAAGAAAUGCCUAGCAGUAACAGUCUAACUACAUCAUCAAUUACACUGUAAGCUGGCAAAUGGAAUGUGGAUUUGAAUAUAAAUUACAAACCAACCAACCCUGAUCUUAAAGUUGCUUUAAGUACUUUGAGGUUCUGACUUAUUUUAGCCAGGGUCACCUGUUCAGGUUCUCCUGUUUGGAUUUUAGGCUGGAAAGGUGGAAGUCUCAGGAAAUGCAUGUUUUCGUGAGUUUUUCAGUUCUACGGUUUUGGGGAUCCAAUGACACAAUCUCACUCAUCCCAAUGAAAGCUUUAUAGCUAGAGUGCUCGCCUUUUGAACUGCUAAUAGAAAAUUAUGCACAGUGCCCCUCAGGAUAUGCUGAACAAGGUUUUGAAAAGUAUUUUAUUUUACUGCACUUUAUAGUCUUUUCAGCUAGAAUUCAGUGACACAAUGGUGUAAAUGCUGUUUUUGCCAUAACUUAUUGGUGGCUCCUGUGUUACAUGCAGUUCUACAUAGUACUCUAGAUUGUUUGUUUCCCCAAUGACAAUGAUAAAGUGUUCUGUAGAAUCUGUAAAUUGUGUUGAUUGAUAUGUUGAUAAUUGUGUAACUUUUAUUUCAUGUGUGAGACUAUUUUUAGGUAUUAGUUCUAAGUGUAUAAUUGUAUGAGUCAAAAGUAUUUGCUUGUAUGCGGUAUGCGUGCAAGCAUAGUGUAUCUUACAAGAAAAUCAAACUUAUCCUAAAGAAAAAGGGCACAUUAUGAUCAGCCUUAAUUCAUUGCCAUUUUUUUGUUGCCGCAAUUUGGGAUUAAAAUUUAAAGAGAAAUUAUGUCUUUGUUAAAAAUGGCUUUUAAAAAAUCAUAUGAGGAAUGUACUUUAGAACUUAUCUGAGUUCCCACCAACCACAAACCAGAGUUCAGCUUGUAGAGCACUCCGUGCUCCUCAAAAGUUGCGAAGGCCAGUUAAUUUAUUAAAUUCAUCAUCCUACAAUGAGACUAAGUUCACAUUUGUUUCUAUCACCAACAGAACCAGUCCACCUAGAAAGCUGUUCUUCCAUACAUGAAACCCAUUCUUGCUUAAAAGGAUAAGUUUUCCAUGAAAAAAAAAAAUUGUUUCUCCAAAGCAUGAUUUUAAAUAAUUGGAUCUUCUCAAGAAAGAUGAACUCUGUUGGCUCUGAGAGUCGCUAAGGACCCAUCAAUGUUAAGUGGUCCCAACAUGGUUUUCUUUCCAAAAAAUAAGCGUGCAACACUCCUUUAUGCUUUUGCUAUUUGCCUAUGUGUAGUCCAGCAAUAGAAAACUCAUGACUAGUUUGAGCAUCUGCACAGAUUCUCAUGCUCAAAGCAAAAACUCUGUGAUCUUCGUUGGGCCUGGGAUAUGGGUAUGGAACGUUAAUCUUCUUAUUUCCUCUCUGUCUCCAUCCUCAUUACUUUUUUCCUCCCAUAGUUAGGGUUUCCAGAUAAAAUACAGAACACCCAGUGAAAUUCAAAUUUCAGAUAAACAAUACAUAUUUUUUUAGUUUAAGAAUUUCCCAAAUAUUUCAUGAAACAUACUAAAAAAGUAUUCAUUGCUUAUCUGAAAUUGAAAUUUAACUGUAAUUUUUUGUCCUGUAAUUUUUUUUUUGUUAUCUGGCAAAGCUAUCCAUCCUGCCUCUCUUUUUCAGCUGGGCUACCUAAAAGAGGUGAAAUCCUACCUCCUCCCAUACCCCCAUAUUAAGAUACCUCAUGAAUCUCAAUAGUCCUAAUACCCUUCAAGAAGGAGACUGUUGAUUCAUGCCAAGUCCCACAAAUGCUUUAUGAAGCACCAACUCGAAUAUAGAUGGAAUAAUCAAGCAUGUACCUGUAUAAGAUUAAUGCCACCACAUUCAAAAUGUCCCUUCAUUGGCCUGUUGUGAGGUGCAGAUUGUCCCACAUCAUACCCUUAAGGAACAUUUUCCUGUAAUCGGGACAACUAAAAAUGCCCACCCAGGAAAAAUGUCUCUGGAAAGUGACAUCACCUUCUAACUCAGUACCAAGUCCUCUUUUAAAAUUCAAUCUCUUUUUUUUUUUUUUUGAGAGGUAACAAGCUAAUCCAUUGCUCACCUCGUUCUCACCUUACCACAGAUUAUUUCUAUCAGCUUAGAACUGGUCAUCGUUGGAGUUGUAAAAAAAUCUGCUGCAGAAAGGCACUUUCUUGAUGGCCAGAAGAAGGGGAAGGAUUCUGAGGAACAGACACGCCCUGUGGGUGCCUUCUCAGGAGAUUGGGCAGGGCUUGGGCAGCAGGUGGGGACUCGGACACGGAAGUUAGCAUGUGGCAGGGAGACUUGCCAAAGCAAAUUAUAACAACCAGUGCUUUUUCUGAGGAACUGGAAACCCAAGACACCCCAGAAUAAGAACAGGGAGAUCCAAGGCCAGUUUCUACAACAGUUUACUGAGAAGAGAACAAUGGUGGGAUUCCUAAAAUAGAGUUUUCAAAUACUGUUAUAUUCAACAGCAAAUCCUUGACAUGGUUUAAAUGUGGGUGGAGUUUUAGAACAUUUUUGGUACCUACCUCUUCUCUUGAAAUUCCCAUGAGUGGUAAGAAAAUCCCAGUCCUAUAAUACAACAUUUCCAUCUCAUGGCCCUGCUUGCACACAUUUGGGCUGAUUUGCUUCAUUUCUAAAGGACGGGAAUUUGCAGAGCUGGUGACAUUUCCUGCAUUAGACUCCAGAAAUUCACCAGAGGGAGACAGAUCUGUGCCUUCUCUUUUUAGGAUCUGGUCAUUGAUACUUUAAUAAAUGUGGUGUAAAGAAAAUACAUGCCGACAAUUCUGUUUAGCAAAUGUGAAUUUUUUAAAUAUGAUUAUGUUCUUAAUGUAAGAAAAAGUUUCUUUGUAUCCAGUGAAAUGCCUAAUAAAGUCCUGGUACCAGUUA